AGCGAAAGUUUAUCUAAAAAAUAAAGAUAUUGAAAUAAAGAAAGAAAAUGGCCCUUUUCCGCGCUAGCGAGCCAUAUCACUUGUGUUGAAAAACAGAACAAAUCCUAUAUAGUUCCGUUGAGCCGCUCGUAUCGACUGGUUGUGCGAUGGCGUCAGGGAUAAAAACGCUCAUUUGUUUCGUGGCCGUCACCCUCCUGCGCCCCGGCUCCUGCCGAGACGAAGAUAGGAUCAUGAAAGCAUGCUUUUGGCCUUAUGAGAUAUACGAGCCUUGCUUCGGUGGCUGCGCGGAGGUGUCGUGCGACAACCCACGCAAUCACCUGCGGCCAUGCUACCCGUACUGCGAGCCCGGCUGCGUGUGCCAGGAGCCCUACGUGCGCGACGACCGCACGCACCAGUGCGUGCUGCCGCAGGACUGCUCGCCGACUCAAAUGGGCAUCCCGGUGCCAACAAGACGUUCUGAGACAUACAACACAAACACCAACUACAAUAUAAAACGACACUACGCGAAAAAAGAAGAAGAGGUUCCAGAAGUAAGAGAAAACGAAGCAGUUUCGAUUAGUCAGGCGAAUCCACACUCGAAGUUCUCAUCAGAUGUUUCGAGGAUGGGGAACUACUUCAAUAUAGUGAUAGCCCCUCCGCCUAUUAGGGCGCUGCAGCCUAGGAAGAUAAUGCAGAGCGAAGCUCACAGAGCGCCUAAACGAAUGUUAUAGUUAUUAGGAAGGCAAGAACAAUUAUUUACCCACCAAUGUACUGUGAAAUAUCUGCGACUGGUGG